AUGCACAAUAACAGACCUGGACUAAAGGAGCCUCAGAAGACUCUUCACUUCAUACACCAGGAUUUAGCAAAUCUAGCAAAGACAGAGAGGAGCAUGUUCUGGUCAGAAGAGAACCCCAGGACAGAAGCUAAAGAGUCACUGAGGUCCAGCAGGGGGCGCUCUCCUCAGAUCCACCACAGACACAGAGGAACCUUCAGACCCAAGUCCAAACCCAGGAAACACAGGCUCAGAGAAGGAGGAGGUGACGGUGUGGAGGUGGAACAGUUCUCCAUCAGAGAAGACAUGAUAGAAGGACAGAGAUCCAGCCUCAGAGUCCAGGAACACACACACUCGACCUGA